GAAAUAUCUUGCCAAGGAAUGUGAGAUAGUUUUUACAUGUCUUUCAAUUACCUUGUGAAUAAAUGAGUGCUAUUAGGAAAAACUGGUAAAAUAAAAAGCACUGUACCGUGCUAAAGCAGUACUGAAGUAUGGAUUAUUAAGACACUCUGUCUGUCGGUGUUAGUAUUACUUGACAGCGUAAGUCUGCAAGUAUUUGUUAGUAGAAUAUCAUUUCUUGUUUAGGCCCAAAUUCUGGGCUCAUAUAAAAACUAUCGUUUUCUGCUGAAAUAAAUUGUAUCGUAAGUUUUAAGUCUAAUUGCCAAUUACUUUUCAUGAAAUUUGAUUGUAUAUUAUGUGAAACUAUCUAAAAGUGAACUUUUUAUUUUUGAAAUUCAACAAUUUGAUCAAAUCUAUGAAUUCUAUGUUAUGCCAUAGGGCUGGUGGAGUAAAGAUUCACUGUGCUGCUGUGCGUAACAAUUGCAUAUCGUUUUAUUAAUUUCUGUUUAGAAAGGUUAACUGUAUUUCUUAGCAAAUUUGACUUGAUCAGCAUUUAUAAUGUGUGGAUUUGUAGAUCAUGAGUGAGGAGAAAUGCCAUUUUUUUAAUAACAUGUUUUCUAACAGAUUUUGUUGUGAUGACAGUGGUGCAUUCUAAAUAGUGUUUUGUGUGUACAUAUGGCAAACUAUCUUAAUAAUGAUUGGCUUGAUGCAUGCAUUAAAGAACUAGAUUUUCCAGGGAGUCCAUGGUAUGAAGUGAAAGAAUGUAUUUCAAAGUAUUUGAUAGAGAGAAUACGUCAAGAAGGACUCACAGAUGAUGAAUUUGCAAAGUUCAGAUAUUUUUUAGGAACUGAUUUUACUUCUACUCACAAACUAAAAAGAACUGAAGCGGCAGUGAACAAAACUAUAAAAAGACCCAACAUUCGAGAUGAAAAACUAGAACACUUGUUGAAGGACUUGACUGUGAAAGCAGCGGGUGAUGCAAAAUGUACCUUAAAAAAUGAUAUCAGUUCAUCUCCUGAAUGUUUUCAGGAUAUGGUCUCCCUCGUUAGAAAAAUAUUCGAGUCAAGUUUAGAAUCUAAAUUGCAAGUUGCCAGAAUGUCACAAUUAACACAGUUUGGAUCUAACACAAGUGUAAUUGCAUUGAAUACACUCGUCAGCAAAGAUAUUGAGAUUCUUGGUGAAGCUGUAAUGAAAAUUCUACAAAAAGAGCCGAGUAGAUUAACCAAUAUCUCACAGCGAUUAUUGGGCCGACUUUUGCCUGUAACUUUACGAAGGUUAAUUUAUAGACUGGUCCUAAUAAAAACUCAAAAAUUAUCCGGUUAUCCAGGAUCAAAUGUUGGAAUUGGGGUACUUGCACAGGACAAUGAGAUAACACAACAGGGCUUGCGUGAAGCUUUCGCUAAAGGUAUGAAAGUAGGCAUGCGAGAACUCGGUUCCAAGGAUCCAACGAAGUCGCCACUUCAACAUUUGAUACAAAUGGCUGUGAUUGAAGUAUAUGAAACGAUCUCUGGAUUGCGUCCUCACUCGAAAAACAUGGAAAUUCAAAGGGAAUGUGCGAACGUUCUUAAUAUUCUUUACACUUUCUCAAGAAAAUUUCAACGCAGUUACAUUCUUUGGGUAUUUCCACUUCAGAUAACAAUAAGUCAAGAUCGUUAUACUAAAGAACAUCAAUACGAACUUGCUAUGUGGUUGAAUUGUAUUGUCAAAUCAUGCUUUCCCUCCAACAUCAAUUCAGUAAAUGCUUUAGUUUUGAAUAUUUGGAAAAAAAUUGUCGAUGGCAACUUAGAUUCAUCACAUCUUGGGAUCAGUUUCAUCAAGCAUCUUAUGAAAAUUGGAAUCAAGUACAAAACCUACAGAUCGUUAUGUCUGCGAAAAUGGAUAAUGGAUUUAUUUGUUGGGGUGACAGAUUUACCGGUUUUGAUGUUUAUUUGGGAUCAGUUAUUUUUGAAUAAUUGGGAGUCGACCGCAUUGGAAACGGCAUGCUUGUCAUUACUCCAUGUCAUACAAGUUGACUUGGUUCGUACUUUAAAUGUUGACACCUUAUGUACUGAUAUGCUGGAGAAACCAGUCAUGGUGAAGUUGUAUGAAGUUCAGAGUGACAUUAUCUGGAAAUGUAUAAAGAAAAGCAAUGCAUUUUCGAAAGUAUCACAGUCUUGGAAUAUUUCUUGGCAUAGCCUUUCUCUUUCUAUGUUUUUGAAAGCUAAAGUCAACGACAAACGUAUUCGUGAUGAAGCCUUGACUCUUGAUGAACAAUUCAAUAAUGCAUUGUCUUUAAUUUCCUUAAAAGAUGCAGAGACGUUUCUGCUAGUUUUAAUCAUGACAGCACCAAAAAGUCGUGAUCGAAGAGAUGCAAUCAGAGAAACGUGGCUCAAAUAUUCAAUACAGCAACACAGCAAAAAAAGCCUUGCAGGCCAGCAAGAUAUCAGUCAUUAUUUUGUCCUUGGCACAGCAGGGUUAGAACAAGAUCAAAUCGAAGCAAUUAAAGAGGAACAAACACAACACAAUGAUUUAAUUUUGCUGGAAGGAUUCGUGGAUGCGUAUGAGAAACUCACAGAAAAAUUAGCUUUAAUGUUAAUGAAUGUUAGAGAUCAAAUCAAUUUCAAAUAUGUUUUUAAAGCCGAUGAUGAUACAUUUGCGAGAAUUGAUAUUCUUUACGAGGAACUCAAAAAGAGACAUAUAAAAUUCCCAACUGAAAAACUAUAUUAUGGAUAUUUUUAUGGAAAAGGAAGAGUCAAAAAGAAAGGACCUUGGAAAGAAACUGAUUGGAAAUUAUGUGAUACAUAUAUUCCUUAUGCAAGGGGUGGUGGGUAUAUCAUCUCAUCUAAUAUUGUGGAUUAUGUUGCCAAUAAUUUUCAUUUGUUUCAACGAUAUGUCAGUGAGGAUGUAUCGCUUGGUGCUUGGCUAGCUCCACUCGCAGUUCAACGGGUGCACGAUAAAAGAUUUGACACAGAAUACAAGACAAGAGGUUGCAGUAAUGCUUAUAUUGUUAGCCAUAAACAGAGUAUACUGGACAUGAAAACGAAGCAGAAAUUUCUUGAAAGUCAUGGUAAAUUGUGUGAAAAAGAGUUUUCCAAUUUUCCAGGAUAUGAAUAUAACUGGGAUGUGCCUCCAUCUCAGUGUUGUGAAAGGACUAAAGAUAUACCAUAGAUUUAUUUAUUCAGGUGUGUCUCAUAUUAUAUUGAUACACAAACACAUGACAAUGCACUUCAUUUUAGCUAAUUUUUUUAAAUUCAGUAUAUGGGUUAAAUGGAAUGUGCUGGCUCACUCUUGAUCCAGAAAAUACUUUAUUAAGUUUUCGUUAACUGUAUUAAAAUGAAAUUGAAACCGGGUGAUAAAUAAUCUUCAUGGCUAUGAUCUUGGUACACGGUCUAAAAAUUAUAGGUCACCCAACAAUUUAGAAAAAACUCUGGGUACUCCUGGAGUAUGCGCACCGAGAUGUCGCAUAACCUGAACCCUAACCAGGUUGUGCGCCAUCUUGGUGCGCAUACUUCAGGAGAUUCAAACUUUGUUGUGUUAUAGCCACUUACCGGUAUAUUAAUUGUGGCUCUUGCCGUAAAAUUUAUGCAAGAAAUCAAUGUAAAUACAACUAUGUAAUAAUCA